UGUACCGUAAAUAAACUUUAACAACAUGGGCCUAGCACCUUCGCGUAUCGAUAAAAGCAAAUCAGCCAAAGAAAAAAUUACUUUCUGUGUAAUUUGCUACGAAAAUGAAAUAAAAUCACAGACACUGCAUUGUGGCCAUGCAUUUUGCAGUGAUUGUAUAUCGUCAAUAUACGAAUAUGAAGACAUACCGAGAUGUCCGCUCUGUCGCCAAUAUAUUUGUUUUCAAACUAGCAAACCUUUGAAUAAGAAUUACCUUAGCUGGUUCAAAAUUAAUCGCAAGAUCGCACAUUUUUCGGCUGUUGGAGUGUCGUGCGGUUUGUUUUGGUAUAACAUUUCUCCGAUGUUGCAGGGAUAUUUACAGGAUUGGGACUUUACCAUGAUGCAACGAUUGCUAAAUAACUUUCGCAUAGAAUACGCCAAAGUAAAAGGGAUUUGGUUCUAAACAACAUUUCAAUAAUCACCAUGGACGCUUUGCAAUUUUUAUUUGCUAGGAGACGACGCAAAUUUAAAGUUAAUUCCAAUGUUAAGCUUAAGAAUAACCGAAAUAUUUGAACAAAAAUGUGUGCGUCUGUGUCGCCGGUUCGUACAGGGAAAUAAAGUACAAUCGACUCGCGAUUAAAGGGGAGGAAAUAGUCUAUGAAGUGUACAGAAAUCGUUGAAUAAAAAUUUGCUUUGUGACUUCAAGUAAUAAAAGAAAAAUCAGCGA